GAUUGUUCUGAGAACAAAUCUACCGAUCGAGAAGCAUGCCGGCGAGGUGUACACAAGACCGGUGUACGAACAGUUUGUGCAAGCCAUGAGCGAAUCCGAGCCUUACGUGGUGGAGGCAGUCAUCCCCAACCUGAGGUUACAUAGCACGGCGUCCCAGCAGUGAAACUAGACAGAAAUGGUCUAGGGUGGAAUAUGAGGUGAAUGUUAGAGAAGACGGCGAAGCGUUCAUGUGCGUGUGCAAGCAAUUCGAGCACACGGGGAUGCUCUGCUGCCAUGCUGUCAAGGUGAUGAUCCACCUGGGCGUGCGUGAAAUACCAAGGCUACACGUCAUGCCACGCUGGACAGCCAAGCCUCUCCAAUGCCAGAUGCACUGCCGCGGCGAACCUCGGACGGACACGUGCCAGCAAUGCAGGCACUCCGUGCUGCAUGACCAGUUCUUAGACCUAGCGCGCCUCGCCUGUGAGGAUGAUCGGUGCUACGAGGUCGUCAUGAGGGGCAUCGGCAAACUGAACAGAGAAUUGGCGGCAGCAGAGGCCGUGCCCCGCCGCCGCAGCACCAAGCCGGCGCCGCGGAAGCCGAGGAGGAAGCGUUGAUCACUUGCUCCCGGAUGUCUGAAAGCCUGUCCGAGGCCUCUGCAAUGCUUUGCAAGGCAUGGAAGGGAACCAAGAUUAUGUCAACUGAGUUGGUCUUUUUGGUUUCUUCUUUUUGCUAGUGUGGGUAAA